AUGAAUAUGAUACAAGUUUCAGGUGCUGAACCACCAAUUAAUACUUGGGCACUUCAAUAUAUAAAUCAUGUUUUAAUGUUUGAUCAUGAAGAUAAUUUACUGGCUCGCCUGCUAUUGAAUAUUGGGCAAUAUUUGUUUACCGAAGGAGAACGUCUAGCUAAUCAUGAACAGCUUAAUAGUGCUUACAAUCAUUUUAUGUGGUCCAAAAUAAUGUACCAACGAUGUGAAAUGAAGGAGCAUAGAAAGAAGUCUACUGAAAUCAAAAGAAUCAAUCAAUAUAUGAUGAAUAUUGAACUACAAAGUAAUCCAUUGGAUGAUGAUGACGAUGAUAACAUUGUCGGCGAAUGA